AUGUCUGAACCACCAAUUCCAAGUGCUCGUCGAGCACUUUUAUUUGCAAAAUAUCGACCACUUUUAACAACACCAUUCUUCUUUGGAUUUUCAACACAUGUUCUUUCUCCAAAUUUAUUUACCAGAUUACUUGGUCCUCGAAUCGAUUUACCGAUAAGUAAUAUACUUCUAUUUGGAUCUCAUGUUGGUGUUACUUCGUAUUUAUAUACGUCAAAGCAUUUAAGAAAGGCUGAUAAAUUUGAACGUUUAUUAUACAGUGUAUAUGGUUCAGCAAUGUUUAAUUUUGGUACAGUUUUAGUUAUGUCGCUUGUUCGAUCAAUAUUUCCUGAUAAUGAAACACUUCGUUUAGGAAUUGGUUUAUCAACUGGCGCUGCUUUAUUAUUCAUUGGUAGAAAAUAUGUGAAUUAUAUUGAUCAAGUUUUUGAAACAGUUCGAUUUCGUGCAAUACCACGAUCUUAA